CACUAGCGGUGUCCCCGGGUUAUUCCCAUCGCGGGGGCAAAGCGGAAAGAUGGCGGCCGCCGCGGCUCCCCUCAGCGAUGGCGGGAAGCGGGUGGUGGGGUGGGGGGGGCAGCGAGGAGGGCGGUGGCUGGUACCCGCCCCUCGCGCGCCCUCCCUCCUCCCUCACGCGGCGCCGCCAUCUUGCAAGCGGACAACCGGAGGCGCUGGGCUCCGCCGCUGCCUUUGCCUGUGUCCUCCCCCCCUUCCCCUCCGGCCGGGGCUGCCUUCUCCCGGGGCCGGGGGGCCGGAGCCGGCAGGUAAGGCCUUCAGCAAGGGGGCACGCCCGCCCGCUCAGCCGGCUGUGUGAGGGGUAGGACAUCUUCCUUCCCCAGCGCUGUCUCCCCAUCCCCACGCAGGGUUGAGCCGCCUGAGGAAGGGCGGCUUCGUCGCCCUCCCCUCAGGGGCAGUGUGGGUCGGGAGGAACCUCCCUCGGGGCUGCUGGGGGCUCCCUGCAGGUGAAGGGAGCCCGGUCCCAUGCUGGGGGCUCUGGCCUGCCCAGGCCUCUCCACUGAGGAGGGGGGGUAUCCUCAGGUACCCUGGGGUGCCUGGACGGGCUUCCCCUCCCAGGGGGUGUGUAACCCCUGUGGAGCUGAAGGACUUGUAGGGAGGUGUGGGGUGGAGGGGUCAGCCCUCUGUGGUUUAGCCCGGGGGAGUAGGUUAGUGUGGAGGGUCCUUCUGGGAUCCCUCUGUAGGGAGAUGGGUGAGAGGGUUCAGUUUCCCUCCAGCCUGUGGGCAUCAAUUCUUUAGUACCAUGGUUUAUCCAGUACAGUUAUUCCUGCCUCUGUUGCUUUCUGUGUGGGCAUCCUCAGUGUAAACCCAGUGCGAAUAGGAUGUGAUGUGUACCCAGUAAUUCUUAUCAUCGUGGUCUGUCGUCGUUAACUGUGUGCAGCCCAAAGGAAAGGGCAGGAGUCUGUGGGCUGCAACCUACCCUGUGGUGCAUGUGUUCUAAAUCUGAUGGAGGCUUGAAGGCUUUGUCCACCUCAAGCUGAGGGCUCUGGUCCCGUGUACCCUUGUGGAGUCAUGUUCUUACACAUCUAAUAAAGUUCUGUGAGCUUGCUCUCAUCCCAACACCUGUUUCAAGGCUGGUCCAUCAAUAUUAACUCUCUAAAUGCAGCUUCCCUUCCCACACACAUAAUGUAGCCCACUUGUUGCUGCUGAAAUACAUCUGCAAGAAAGUCCUUGGCCUAUGGUUAUGUGAAGAGCUCUGUUCAGUGUUGCCUGAGAGAGAUUAGUAUCAAAGAAUGACAAGAACUGCUUCACCAAGUGGCUGCAUUGUGCAAGAGGUCAUUAUUUACAGCUACCAGCUUUAUUGAGCUCUUCCUUACAUUUCAUCCUUCUUUUCUUCUAGAAGCGGAAAAACAACUUAGGUUUGAUGUUUUGUGUGCCAUCAACUGAAAUUGGGGCCAUCAUGAAUAUAACCAAGGGUGGACUGGUGCUGUUUUCAGCUAAUUCCAAUUCGUCAUGCAUGGAACUGUCGAAGAGGAUUGCUGAGCGCUUAGGAGUUGAGAUGGGGAAGGUUCAGGUUUAUCAAGAGCCAAACAGAGAAACGAGAGUGCAGAUCCAGGAGUCUGUGAGAGGAAAGGAUGUAUUCAUCAUCCAAACAGUUUCAAAGGAUGUGAAUACUACAAUCAUGGAACUUCUGAUCAUGGUGUAUGCUUGUAAAACCUCCUGUGCCAAAAGCAUUAUUGGAGUGAUUCCUUACUUCCCGUACAGCAAACAGUGCAAGAUGAGGAAAAGGGGCUCCAUUGUCUCUAAGUUACUGGCCUCCAUGAUGUGCAAAGCUGGACUAACUCACCUCAUUACCAUGGAUUUACACCAGAAGGAAAUACAAGGUUUCUUCAAUAUUCCAGUUGAUAACUUGAGAGCAUCUCCGUUUUUACUGCAGUACAUCCAGGAAGAGAUACCAGACUACAGGAAUGCUGUAAUUGUGGCCAAAUCACCUGCGUCUGCAAAGAGGGCCCAGUCCUUUGCUGAGCGCUUACGGUUGGGAAUUGCAGUGAUUCACGGGGAAGCUCAGGAUGCAGAGUCGGACAUGGUGGAUGGUCGCCACUCACCACCUACAGCCAAAAACAUAGCUGCUAUUCAUCCCAGUCUGGAGAUACCCAUGCUGAUUCCCAAGGAAAAACCACCCAUCACAGUUGUUGGAGAUGUAGGAGGAAGAAUAGCUAUCAUCGUGGAUGACAUCAUAGAUGACGUUGACAGCUUCCUGGCUGCAGCUGAGACCCUCAAGGAGCGGGGGGCUUACAAGAUCUUUGUAAUGGCCACACAUGGCCUCUUAUCUUCAGAUGCUCCCAGGCUCAUCGAGGAAUCUGCAAUUGAUGAGGUGGUUGUUACAAACACAAUCCCCCAUGAAAUACAGAAACUCCAGUGCCCUAAAAUCAAGACUGUGGAUAUCAGCAUGAUCCUCUCGGAAGCCAUUCGCAGGAUUCAUAACGGGGAGUCCAUGUCUUACCUCUUCAGAAAUAUAGGACUGGAUGAUUAAUGCUUCUUCCUCUAAAGAAAUAGAAUAAACCCCAAACUGGGCCAAACUGGAAGCAGAUACCGAGCUGUGAAGCGUCAUACUUACCUUAAUAUUUCUAUUGAGCCACUUCUUGUUUUCUCUUGGUUUUAAGUAUCAAGGUAGAACAGUUUUUAAGAGCAUUUUUCUUUGCAGGGUUUUAUUUUUUGGGGGUGGGGUGGGUGGGGAAUAAACAUUUGACAGAAAACCUGUUAGUUGCUUUUAGGUUAGUUGCACUAUAUACAUGAUGGGAAAAAACCACCCCAAAACACUUGAGGCAAGAAUUUGGCUUCUAAAUUAAGCAUUCCUUUCCCAAAGCUGCUUGCUACAAGUGCUUUAAAAGAUAAGAAAAUGAAGUGACUGUAUAAUACUUGCAUUUUAAAAGCCAAAAAGGUUGUACUGUUGUUGGCAGUUGAGUGAUUUUUGUAGGAGUGCUUUUAUAGAAAAGCAGAUGAAAUAUGCACCUGUAUUUAUUUUCUGCCACAAAGAAUAAAGACUUGUUUUUGUGUGAGCUUUCUAAAAA